UAGUACCUUAAUAAUAAGAAGAUUCAGCAGCAAUAUGUAUUUGUAGAAAUGUGCUCAUCAUUAUCUGGAACUACUUCUCCUGUUAGAAACAGCCUCAAUGCAAACUGUCCACAGGUCUCUCACAGUCUCUCUGAACUUCUCCGUCUGUGUCUUUCAGACUAAAGCAGACAAAGCCGAUGAUGUGAAAGCCAGGCUGAUCUUGGAAAAACUGGAAGAAGAUGAGGCCAAGGAGAAGGCCAAGCAGGAGAUGAUGGCUCACGUUAAAAAGCAGGAGGAAUGUCAGAAGGAGUUCAAGCUCAACAUGAACACAGUGCAGGAGGAAAUCCUGCUGCUUGGUGGACGCAGACAGGAUCUGCUGGACAAACUGAAGAGAUGUCAAGCUGCGCUGGAGGCGAAGAGGGCCGAGUCCACAAAACUCAAGCAGAAAUUCAAGAUCUACGCCCAGAUUCCAGACACAGAGGUGGAGUUCAGGGCUCAGAGUAAAGAGGAGAGGGACGACAACAGUCAGCCAAUCAGAGGAGUGUUUGCCAUCAGCCAGAGACCCACUGUGCUCCUGCAGGGAGGACAGGCACUCAUCACCUUUGAAGAAGAGAAGGUGGCCUCUCAGAUCCUGAAGAUUGCCAAGUGCUCUGUGUCCUGUGAGAACAUCAGUCUGGAUGUGAAACCAAAAAGAAUCACCAUGGAUCCUGCUGUUAAGUUUGAGGUCCACCUCGAUGUGUCCAGACGGGAGCUCAAGGUUUCCAACGUCCCCCCUUCCAUACCAGAGGAGAGGGCAAAGGAGCAGCUGGAGAUGAGUUUCUCCAGGCCCAGCAGAGGAGGAGGAGAGGUCGACGGCGUGGAGUACGACAGGAACACUGGGACAGGACAGAUCACCUUCCUCCACCCUGGAGUUGCUGAGGGCCUGGCCCUGAGUGGGAGGUACCGUGUGGAUCUGGACUCUGAAGUGAACGUGCAGGUUGGACAUGUUUACAAAUACCAGCUGUGCAAGUUCCAGACCUUCUGUGGCGCUCCAAAGCGUACCAUCCUCCUGAAAGACAUCGAGGACAAGGGGGACGAGGAGGACCUGCAGGACCACCUGGAGAUCCACUUUCAGAAGCCCAGGAACUUCGGCGGUGAGAUAGAGAGCAUCCAGUACGCCUCCAGGGGGAAGGCUCUGCAGGCCUUCUUCUGUGAGGACUCACCUACUACAGCUGCAACAUGAGCUGCUCCUCAUCCGUCGUCUGUCUCCUGUGAUCGAUGGAAUUAGAAAAUCAUAUCUGUAAUAUAUUAAUAUGAUAUGAAAAGUUCAUUUAUUUGCUGUCCUGCUGAGAAUUAGACGGGAAUAUUUAGUGAUUUCAUGGGCGAGGCACUGCUUUCUAACACGUAUAUGUGGAGGACACCAGUAUGUAGACGCUGACAGCCUCACGGUCACUUGUGUCACUGUUGGGUUUCAUGUCACACACUUCCUUAGAAAGCUGUGGAUGCUCCUCCCUUCAGGGGUCACAGCUGCACAAACACAAGCUGAAGAUAAAGCAGUUGCCUCGGUGAUAGUCUGGGUAUUAUUAGUGACACUGGCACACUUCCUGUCCUCCUGUUUUAGGCCGAUACUGGACAUGUUUUAAACGUGUCAUACUUUCUCUUCUCUGCUCAUUAAAUGAUCUUUAUGCUGAAUCAAC